UGUAAAAUGAUGAAUGAAAAGUCAGUGUUCGUAAAUAAUGAACUCAGCUUGCGAGACAUUGCCGUGUAUGGCUUCGACUACGAUUACACUUUGGCACACUAUACAGAUGAAUUGAACAGUUUAAUAUAUCAAAUGGCUUUGAAAAGACUUAUCGACGAUUACAACUACCCAAAUGAGCUGCAGGUCAUGGAGUACGAUCCCGAUUUUGUCAUACGUGGUCUGCAUAUCGACAUAAAUAAGGGAAUUAUGAUGAAAAUUGAUUCCUAUCAAAAUAUAAUGCCUGGCACUGCGUACAGAGGUCAUCAGCAAUUAAGUGAAGAGGAAAUUCAACAAUUAUAUCGUGGGACUCAUAUUGGAAAUGAUCAAAUUAUACCAACUAGAGAUAAUAAUGAAAGACCAAGAAUGAGACAUAUGAUUGAUCUAUUUGCAAGUAGUGCGGCAACACUAAUGGCAAACGUAUUUGAGUAUUUUUCUCAAAACAACAUUGGUUACGAUCCUUCGUACGUUUUCCAAGAUUGCCAGAAAUCUGUGCGAGAUGUUCAUAGAUCUGGGAAAAUCGCAGCUGCUGUAGAGAAAGACGUUGGUCGAUAUCUACAUCCAAAUCCACAUUUAAAAGACUUCCUGGAGAGUAUAAUUGCGUGUGGGAAACAUAUCUUCUUAAUCACGAACAGUGAUAUAAGUUUUGUGAACAAAGGCAUGGAACAUAUGCUUGACAAACAAUGGAUGGAGUUGUUUGAUGUUAUUAUAACAAGUGCUCGAAAGCCAGCGUUUUAUCAACGCACUGACAGAUUGAAUAUUUACAUGGAACCAAUAAAAAAUACAUAUCUUUUUGGUUCUUUUAUGUUAAAAAGACCUUUCAGACGUCUCGACAGUCGGGGAGUGAAGACAUGGGAAAGAGUCAGCCAUUUUCAUAGCGGAGAACUGUAUGCAGAGGGAAAUGUCGAACAAUUUAUGAAGUUUACUGGUUGGUACGGACCUAAAGUUCUCUAUUUUGGUGAUCACGUGUUCAGUGAUCUGAUGGGACCAACUCUUAAACAUGGAUGGCGCGCUGGAGCGGUUGUUCAUGAUCUUGAGAAAGAAAUCAAAAUAUCAAAUAUGAAAGAAUUUCAAAAAUCGGUGACUUGGCUACUGUCUCUACAGGAAUUAAUCGAAGCACUUCAGACUGAUAGUUCUGAUGAAGCCUAUGAACUUCUGCGAGAAUGGAAAAGAGAACGCUACAUGUUGAGAGAACAGCUCAAAAUCAUGUUUAAUCCACAGUUUGGAAGUGUGUUUCGUACGUAUCAUAACCCUUCCUAUUUUACGCGUCGUCUUGUUCGUUUUGCUGAUAUAUACUCCUCGUGCAUCUCAAACCUCCUCAAUUAUCCCAAUGAUAUCACAUUUUAUCCACGACGACAAGCCUUACCUCAUGAGCCACACUUUGAUCAAUUUUUUGGACUUAAAGACUGAAGUCGUGUUGUGGAACGAUUCUUUAUAAAUUCAAUAGUUUUGUCUACAUUAUUUUACCCAAUUAUACUACUUUGCUGCCCGCACAAGACAGCGUCGAAUGAAUUUUUGCAAUGGAAUGUGUAAGUUGAUUGAAUUAUAUUGUACGUUGAAAUUUCUUAAAAUUCAUGAAAGGAGUUCUUUUAAAUUCCUUAAAGGUUCAUGUGUAACAAAUAAAUAAACGAUAUUUUUUAAUAAUUCAUGAAUGUAAUGAUAUUUGGCGAGAAUGCUGUCGGAUAAAAUUCUGGAUCUGCCCCACAAUAUUCUCAGUUGAUUAAGCUGUGUGCGCAAAUUUUCAGUUACCAAGUGUCUUAGCUUUGGUUUUGUAAAUGAAAAAUAUAGUAAAGUAAAUGGUUUGAA